AUGAUCCUGGCAGCUGUUUCUCUUGUUAUCGGAGGCUUUGGUACCAUUUUAAAUUUUCUCGUCUGUUUUGUGUACUUCAAGAAGCCACAACUUUUGGAUGCCCCCAAUAUUUUUAUCCUAAACAUCGCAAUUGGAAAUAUGGCUUUAUCUGCAAUGCUGUGCCCCUUUCUCUUCCUCUCCAACGUUCGAGGCGAGUGGAUAUUCGGUCAAAACGGCUGUACUCUUUAUGGAUUUCUUGCAGCUUUUUUCUCGCUGAGCUCCAUGGUGCAUUUGGCUGGCGCGGCGUACGAACGCUACCUCACCUUCCGCGCACUUGCAAUCGGUUCUGAAGAUUCGUUCAGUCGAAAGAAAGCUAUUACUGUAUCUUUGGUUUUGUGGGGUUACUCACUUCUCUGGAGUUUACUUCCGGUUCUUGGCUGGUCGAGCUACGCACUGCAGGGGACUGGAACCAGCUGUGCUGUAAACUGGACGUCAAGAGAAGCCACAGAUAUGGCCUACGUCAUGUGCUUACUUCUGGCAUGCUUUGUGCUACCAGUAUCUGUGAUUGUGUACUGUUAUUACAAAUCUUACAAGGCAAUACAUCAGAUGACAGACUACGCCGUGCAGAAUUGGAGCGAAAACGAUCAAGUUACUCAAGAGGCGCUUCAAGCAGAGCGCAGACUGGCGAAAGUGGCCUUCGCCAUAACAUUGGGGUUUCUCUUUGCUUGGACACCGUAUGCCAUCUUCUCGAUGCUAGGGGUAGUUGAUCCAAAUCUGACUACUGGAACGGCAGUUUCGAUUCCGGCCUACAUUGCCAAGUCCUCCGCUUGUUACAAUCCGUUUAUUUAUGCUUUUAUGUACAAGAAAUUACGAAUAGCCCUUUUCGAAUUAUGCUGUUGUAGGAUGCAGACGAUACAAGUUCAUCCAACAGUAGCGCCAGCAGCGCACCCGAAUGGUUAA